UGAAGAAAGUUUCAUGCGUCACUUUUAUUCAACGUUUUAUGAGAGUUUGUCUAUUUUUUUUCCGCCGGAAUCUUCAAAUUUACGGAAGUAUAACUUUUCAGACCUUCUUUCGUGCGACACAUGACCUUAAAAAUUAUCGCGCUCGUCGUGAAGCUUUUGCUAUUGCUGUGGCGAAGUUGAGGAUAUGUAUUACAAUAAUGAAGUUUGUGAACUAUAAGAAAAUUUCGAGAAAAAAAGAAGCUGCGCUUAUACUUCAGUCUGUUUACCGAAAAUGUUGUUAUCAGAGAAGAUUCACUAAAAGGUUUGUAUUACUACGCCGGUCGUCUGUUGUUAUUCAGUCGCUUUUUCGUGAAUAUUAUUGGCGUCUUUUACUGAAAAAACAGAAAAUAUGCGCAUUUGGAGAACUUUUUAAAUUGGUCGUUCCGGUAAUCAACUUUCAAAGACUUUUUCGGCGGCUUAUAGCUACGCGCGCCCAAAAUUUCCUCGUCUUUUCCACUGUGGCCAAUGAACACCUCUCAGCAAUCCUUGUUCAACGGUUUUAUCGAAACUCCAUGGCGAUCUCCCACAUGGCAGCUUUUUUGAAAAUGGUUCUCCUCCGGAACAAAUACAUGAAGAUAAAAGGGGCUGGGACACUAGUAAGAAAGUGGUACAAAAUGGUCACAAGCUUUAACGAUAAGUGUAUUUACUUCGCCACCCACAUCAUACAAUCAAGACUGCGAACCUUUUUUCUGAGAAGAAAGUUUUUAGUUGUUUUGAAGGGAAUAAAACGUCUACAAGGAAAAUGGCGGGCCUGCCUUGUGAGGGCCGACUGUCCGCCUGAAAUUUGUGCGGCAAGAAACAGAAUCAAAAGAGCCAAUAUUAACGCCUUUGAGUCCCCCGCUUUGCGCAUGUGCGCCCUAUUUGAUAGUGCCAUCCACUCAAUGCUGAGCACUAAUAAAGUGUGUGCCAUCCGCCACGCGUGCGAAGAAUUGGUUCGAUUGACCUCUUUAGCAAAGUUGUGCCAAGCUGAGUUUUCCCGGCAGUGCGUUGCGUCUGUCGUGCUCAAGUCUAUGAGGACAUGCAAUAGAAGCAAACCGCAUAUUGAGAUUCUCAGCAUUUCUACUGAAAUACUUCUCAACAUCUGCGAGAACAGCGCCACUGCUCAUACCGUUUUUGAGCACAAAGAAUGCGUUGCAGAGUUAGUUGACUAUCUUCAGGUUUUUUUUUGUUUUUUUCGUACUUACGUGUGUAGCCAACAAUAAAGAAA